AUGGCGGCUGCAGCUGCGGGUAACAGAAAGAGCGGGCUGCUGGAGAAAUGGAGGAUCGAUGAGAAGCCAGUGAAGAUCGAUAAAUGGGAUGGCGCAGCAGUGAAGAACUCUCUGGAUGAUGCUGCGAAGAAGGUGUUGCUGGAGAAGUACGAGUACUUGGAGAACUUCCAGCUGGUUGACUGCCGCCUGUUAAUCUGCACCGUUUCCUGUAUCUUCGCCAUGCUGGCUCUGGUCUGGGACUACCUGCACCCCUUCCCCGAGUCCCGGCCGGUCCUCGCCUGCUGCGUCAUCUCGUACUUCAUCAUGAUGGGCGUCCUGACGCUGUACACCUCCUACAAAGAGAAGAACAUCUUCCUGGUGGCCAUGCAGAAGGAUCCAGCUGGGAUGGAUCCAGACCACAUCUGGCAGCUGUCCUCCUCCCUCAAACGGUUUGAUGACCAGUACACCCUCCGAGUGUCCUUCACCGACGGGAAGUCGAAGAAGCCGAGGGAGAUGGAGUUCACCCAGUCUGUGUCGACGUUCUUUGAUGAGAACGGGACGCUGGUGAUGGACCAGUUUGAAAAGUAUGUUUCUAAACUGCACGACGCGUUGGCCACGGACAAGAAGACCAAAUAAAAGUCGGGAAGCUGACAUCAUUACAUCACCACAUAUGACUCUGAGCAAAGGUCUGACUCAUCUGUUCGCUCCUCAGAGUUCACUGGUUUCAGCUUGCAUCCAUCACAGGAAACACUUUCACAUUCACAGCAUCUGCUCCAUGAGAAAAAAAUGAAUUGUGUCGUAUUAAAUAUGUGAAAUCUGCA